AUGGCGGAAGUUACUGACCACGGAAUGGUGCAAGACUACCUCUUUUCUAUCCCGACCUACAGUAACACGAUACCGACUGGAGAUAGUGUUACUCAACCGUCAGGUCAAUAUCGUAACCUAAACUAUUCCCCAGCGCUUCCGAGAUCGUUCGGAGGUGGUAUGUCGACUCUAAAUACCGGUACUGGGAGGGUAUUAGCCAGGCAAAAUGCUACAAAGAAAUUUCAGCUACUUUGA